AUGUCGCUCCCAUCCGCUGACAUCCCCUUUGUUCGCACCCCGGAAUCGAGGUUUCAAAACCUUCCCGACUUCCAAUAUGAACCAAAAUACCUUCAAUUUGGCGGUCUACGCAUGGCUUAUGUCGAUGAGUGGUCGUGUGGCUCUCCCAGAGACCCACAAACAGAAACUGAGGUCGAAACAUUCCUGCUGCUUCAUGGCGAACCGACCUGGUCUUUCCUCUAUCGGAAAAUGAUCCCCGUUUUCCUUCAUCAUACCACGAGGUCAAACAUAUCGCGACCUCGCCGCGUCAUAGCACCUGACCUCUUCGGCUUUGGUCGUAGUGACAAGCCAACUCGAGAGGAGGAUUAUACUUUCAAUUUCCAUCGCGCGUCCCUGGUGAAUUUCAUCCAAACGUUGGAUCUCAAAAACAUCACCUUGGUGGUUCAGGACUGGGGUGGUCUACUUGGGCUGACUCUACCCAUCGCCGAUCCCGCCCGUUUCAAGCGUGCGAUCGUCAUGAACACGAUGCUUGCGACGGGAGAAAAGGCAACUCCAGGCUUUGUCGCUUGGCGCGCUUGGACCAACAAGAACCCUGAUAUGGCAGUGGGAGCGCUGCUAGGACGGUCUUGUCCACAACUCAACGCGGCUGAAAAGGCUGCAUACGAUGCUCCUUUCCCCAAUCGAGAGUCCAAAGCUGGGGUAAGACGAUUCCCGAACAUGGUGAUGGUGAGUGACGGAGGCACGGAAGGUCUGGAGAUAUCCAAAGCGAGCCUGGCACUCUUUCGCGGGGGCGGAGUUUUUGAGCGGCCAGAAGAUGUCGUUGUCAUCUGCGGGAUGAAAGACCCCGUGCUGGGACCACCGGUCAUGAGUCAGAUGUCCAAGAUUUGGGGCAAUGGUUGUCUCUACGCUGAGAUACAAGAUGCUGGGCAUUUUGUGCAGGAAUGGGGAGAUCAAGUGGCAAAGAUUGCACUUGCCGUCUUUCAGGGAACUGAAGUUAAAGCUGCGCGCAGGAUCGUGCCCAGGGAGAAGAUAUGA